UUCCACGCCAUUAGCUAGUAGUUUCCAAAAGCUCAUGGCAUAAAUAAGAGGCUGGCAGAGUGUAGAAUAUUUUAGGAACUCUCUGGAAACAAAAGUUUCAAAAGCUAGCUAGCCAGCCAUACAUGGCUGAAACUUCUUCCCGAACAAGAAGCGCCGCCCCGUUUCUGUCGAAGACGUUCGAUCUGCUAGAAGAACAAGAUGUCGGAGGAGAUGAUGGUGGGAAGAGGAAUACUGUGUCAUGGAAUGUAGAGGGCACUGGAUUUAUAGUAUGGUCUCCUGCUGAUUUCUCAGAGCUCCUGUUGCCUAAAUAUUUCAAGCACAACAAUUUCUCCAGCUUCAUUCGCCAACUUAACACCUAUGGAUUCAAGAAAACAUCACCAAAACUGUGGGAAUUUAAGCACGAAAAGUUCCAAAAGGGCUGCAGGCACAUGCUAGUUGAGAUCACCAGGAAGAAAUGCGAACCAAGUGCUUUUCCAGCGUAUCUGAAGGCUUCAGAAGAGAGUGAGAGCACAAGCACUGCACUGGCAGCAGCAGAAGAAAACAAUUGCCUGCUAUUAAUGGAGGAGAAUAAGAACCUGAGAAAACAGCAGUUGGAGCUGCAGGUGCAAAUAGCUCAGUUCAAAACCCUGGAAAAUAAGCUGUUGGAUUGCGUAGCCCAGUACAUGGAUGACCAUCGGAACAAAGCUCGAUGCUGAUUGUUACCAUAACUGUUGAUUUGGUCGACACAAAUUGGUUAGGUUUUAAGGGAUCUGUAUCUUGGAUCUUGGGUAUCAUAUAAACAUGCUGCCUUUUUUCUGCAGUGUUUGUUAGCUUUUGGUGUCAGGGUUUUGUAAUUAGGAAAAUAAUCAUCAAGCGGAACCGAAUUCACGAGAAACUUUUUGAUGUGAUGGUCACAAUGCUACGUUAAGUUACUAAUCUUGUAAUAUGUCAUGUGACAUCAUUUCAUCGUACAAACGUUAUAGCACUGAUUGAAAUUGUUCAUAUUUUACAUCAU